AUGCGCCGGCACACUGGUGAGAAGCCAUUCGCGUGCGGCGCCUGUGGGUUCCGCGCCGCCGCCGCCUCCAGCCUGCGGCGCCACGAGCGGCGCCAUCGCGGAGCCAGCUCGCACGUCUGCCCCACGUGUCGCAAGGGCUUCUACGACGCUAGUGCUUUGGGCGAGGAAAUUUUAGCCUGCGGGUUGCGCGCCGCCGCCGCGUCCAGCUUGCGGCGCCAUGAGAGGCGCCAUCGCGGCGCCAGCUUACACGUUUGCCCGACGUGCUGCAAGGCAUUCUACGAUGCUAGUGCAUUGGCGCGUCACUCGCGCACGCACUCGGGCGCGCGUCCGUUCGCGUGCGGGCGGUGCGCGCGAUCCUUCGCCGACAGCUGGAAGCGCAAGCUGCACCUCAUGCGCGCGCACCACGCGCAACUGCACGAGCUCAGACAUCUGACGCGCGACGGACGCGUCGUGCCCGGACACACGGGCUGA